CCCAACCGAAGCGAGGAAGCCAGGUGUGGAUCUCUGCCUCGUCAUGUGUGACGUGCCUGAAUACAAGGUGACCGGUUCUAAUGACACUCGCAUCCCCGUCACCAUCCUGACGGGUUACCUUGGUUCCGGCAAGACCACGCUCCUGAACCACAUCCUGGCCGACAGCACCCAUGGUCUGCGUUUCGCGAUCAUCGAGAACGAGUUCGGCGAGGUCGGCAUCGACGACGCGCUGAUCGCCUCGAAGUCGGGUCAGACGGCAAUUUUCGAGGAGGAGGAGGUGAUCGAGGUGAUGAACGGCUGCAUCUGCUGCACGGCCCGCGGCGACCUCGUGGGGGCCCUGAAGCGCAUGAGCAAGAAGCUUUCUUCCUUCGACGCCGUCCUGAUCGAGACCACCGGCAUGGCCGACCCCGCCCCCGUGGCGCAGACCUUCUUCGUCGAUGCCGACGUGCAGGACAAGUACCGCCUGGACGGCAUCGUGACAGUCGUGGACGCCGCGCACGUGGAGCAGCACCUGGACGAUGAAAAGCCCGAGGGAGCCUGCAACGAGUCCCUCGAGCAAAUGGCCUUCGCCGACCGCAUCAUCCUGAACAAGACCGACCUGGUGGGCAAGAAGGACGAAGAAAAGCCGGCCGACGACGCCGGCGGUGCCUGCACUGAGACCGACGCCGCGGUCUCCUACGGCAACAACGCCCUAGCCCCGACCCGGGCCAACGCCAAGAAGGCCAAGGACGCCGCCAAGGCGCCCGCCGAGGCGGCCCUGGCCAAGCUCGAGGCCCGCAUCCGCGCCGUUAACGCCCACGCUACGAUCAUCCGCUCCGAGUUCUCUCGCGUGCCGCCCAAGGAGCUGCUGAAUCUGUCCGCCUUCGACCUGAACCGCGUGCUGGACGUGGACCCCGCGUUCCUCACGAGCGACGGUACCGACCACGUGCACGACGAGUCCGUGUCCUCCGUCGCCUGGUCCUUCCCCGGCCUGGAGCUGAACGUCAAUCUCCUGCAGAAGUUUAUCAGCGACCUGUUGGAGGAGCUUGGCACCGAGCUCUUCCGCUACAAGGGCGUCCUCGCCGUCAAGGGCAUGGAGGAGAAGUUCAUUUUCCAGGGCGUGCACAUGCUCUUCAACGGCGGCUUCGCCUCCCAGGUGCUGGGCCCCGACGCCACCAACAUUGACCCCAAGAAGGAGCAGGGCAGCGGCGGCGGCAAGAAGGCAACGCCGCCGGGGCUCUGGGCCAGCGACGCCGAGCGCGAGUGCCGCUUCAUCUUCAUCGGCAAGAACAUCAAGGAAAAUGCCGAGAGCCUCAAAAAGGAGUUCCUGUCCUGCACGGCGGAGGAGAAGCUGCGCUUCGCCGUCGGUGACUACGUCGAGGCGAAGAACCGCGGCUGGAAGCUGGCCAAGGUCGUGAAGCACUGGGACAAGGGCAACCCUUACCGCCUCGAGCUCCAGAACGGCGCCAAGACCAACGUGUGGGGUCCCGUCGAUUCGGAUGAUGUAGUGCGCAAGGCCGACAAGGCCAAGGUCGCUGCCGCGGCCAAGAAGGGGAAGAAGGCCGAAGCGGACAAGCAGGGGAAGAAGGUCGAAGCGGACAAGAAGGGGAAGGUUCAACCGGACAAGAAGCGGAAGGUCCCACCGGCCAAGAAGCGGAAGGUGUAAGCGGCCCGUGGCAUCCCUCAGGGUGCAUGAGACUCAAGACCCGCCUUCUCCAGGCGCAGGCGAUGGAGGCGUUGCUGUACAGCGGUUGCAUGAGUUGGCCUCCACGUUGCGACCAGGGUACCGUGGCACUCCAGCGUACUGCAGGGAGCUGAGAGGUUCAUGAUCGCUUGGCACAAGGACGAAGAGGAGGCUAGCCGACAAGGAGCUAUCAAACGAGGAAACGGACCGAGAAAUAGGAGUAGUAUAGAUAAACCGACAGGGUGGGAGGAGGGCGGGGGAAACGGUGAGGGAGGAAAGCAAUCGAGAAGAGGGGGACCGGGUGGCCCGCAAGGUUGCGGAUUGAAAUUUUUAAGU